AUGCCAAGCAAGAAUAAGAAACAUGCCAAAGAAAGUGGUGGAAUAUCUGCGGCGGUGACCAAGCAGGCUGCUGGCAAGCUCUCCAGCAAUAAUCGUAAUUACCUAAUUGAGGGUGGCGGCACCACCGCUUCCAACAAGAGUACGGCUUCCGACACUUCGACCCCCCCUGCCAAUACACCGGAGAUCAAGCCCUCGACUUCGCCCGAUGAUGGAAACCCUAUCGUUGCGUCGCCGAUGCUUGACGCUUUUUCUACCGUCUCAACUUCCCCGAAUACUGCUCCCAUCAUGACAACAGAGUGGGCCAAGUCCAUCAUGGCUGGUUCUCCUGGCAACUUGAUCAACCUUAGCAGCGAAUCCCCGCCAACUCAGCCUUCUUCUUAUGAAGAAGCCGCCAGGCUGCACAACGGCUGGGCUGCCGGCCAGCGUCCUCUAAUGAGUCCAUCUCCAGCAUCGCCUUCCCCGCCAAAUCAUGCUCGGCGACCCCUUAGCCUUCAGUCGGACGCUCACUAUCACAUCGCCGGCACCCCCCCACGAUCGAGUGCCGCAUAUCGACGAAGCUCGCUGUACUCGCAGUUGAACACUACGCAGACCGCAAGUCCGCAUCCACCCCUGCCUCAUCAAGCCCAGCCACAUUUUUACGGCGCUCAGGACUUGGACCUGGCCGUUACUUCACAAUCCAGCAUGAAAGCUGGUGAUGGGGGACUAUUUUUCGGGUUUGAUACGCUGCCGCCCGGGCCAGGAACGUCGGCUCAGACGCAAAAGGUGGUCUUGGCGGGCUAUCAAGGUGGCCUGCAGGUCUAUGCCGUAAACAAAAGGGGGGUUGAGUUGGUUGCGAGUUUGAAAGGGUUGCGCGGUGGAGUGCAUCAUGCCAAAAUCCUUCCAUGGACUGUCACUGGCCAAAACUCGCCCUCGUUUCCGCUUGUAGCAGUGGUUGUACACGGACCGGUACUCCCUACGCGGCUGACGGAUGUGGGUGGUCAACGGGAGACUGUGUCUCGUCAGACACCGGACUACAACGCAAGCCCUCGUCCAGCAGGCCAUGCUCCGUCGGAGGGUCAGUCGGCACGAGCAGCGCCAACUAUUCAGUUCUACCAAACUGCGGUGGAAGUCUACUCUCUCAGUACAAACAGACUUGUUGAUGUCCUUCUUCAGACACAGAGAGUACCCAUCAACACAGAGGUCUCGCUAUCCAGUCCUCUGUUCCAGCCUCCUUCACCCAGUGGGGCCCUCGAUAUCAAAGCGGAUGACGGCAACAUUGCCGUGUGUUCCGGUAUUACAGGCGAAUGUUGGAUAUAUAGGCAAUUGCUUGAGCUACAGAAUGGCCACAUGUUUGCCUGUGCUGGAAAGUUGUGGACCACGAUUCAACAAAGCCAGCGGGCAGAAGUCGCGGAAGAGGCCGGAACAAAUGGUUCCUCCUCUUCUCCCCGGCGAUCCAGCCCGCAAACGCCAAUUUUUGCAAUGAACGGAAGGUGGAUAGCCUAUUGCCCGUCGACCCCUUCAUCGCAGGCCUCCCUCAGAGCGCACUUACCCGUGCCUACGCUGGGUCGUGCUCCCGGAGUUUUGUCCAUGGCACCGCCUCACCUCCCAGCCCUUUCCUCAGCUGUUGAUCUACCCAUUUCAGACGGCAUGAUGAACAAAUUUAUGCGGGAAACCACGCAGGAGCUGAUUUCGGGGAUGAAAUGGGUCGGGCAGCAAAGCCUCCAGGCUUGGAAUUCGUAUUGGAGCCAGCCACCCACCUCCCAACAACAACAUCAACACUCUAGAUCAUCUCCAGCGCAGUGGACGGGAUCGCGUGCGCAACAAGCAGAUCCGUCACAGUUCCCACCUACUCAUGGAACGUCAACCCUAGCCACAGUAAAAGAGCCGGGGCUCGUUUCUAUUGUGGAUUUGGAAAAGCUCCCGUCCCAUGCAGCAGUUCAUCCUCUUAGCACGUUUGCGACUCCGCUCGGUUGUAGCUUUGUGUCAUUCUCACCUUCGGCGUUGGCUCUUUUCACUGCCAGCACCAAAGGCGACGUCCAGACAGUCUGGGAUCUCUUGCGUAUUCAACAUACAAACUCCUCACCGCUGCAGACAACCUUGGCGCAUCACGAGACUAUUGGGCCUCAAGUUCGACAAAUCGCGCAGUUCUCACGGAUGACGGUGGCUAGGAUUGUGGAGGUCGCCUGGUCUGAGCCACACGGCGACCGGUUAGCUAUGGUUACGGAGAGGGGAACAAUCCAUUUACUGGACAUGCCGUUUAGUUCUUUCAUGUGGCCACCCCCAAGACGCCGUAGAAUCGCCCGGAAAGGUGGUCCCGAGGCCUCCGAGGGAUCGAGCUCAGCUGUCUCGAUGGCCUCGGGUGCACUUGGAGCAGCGUACCAAGCGGCAAAGCCAUUUGUCUCACGCUCGCGCCGUGGAAGCAGCAACACUGUUUCGCCGUCUCCGGGAAACAUGCUCAGGGAUUCUGCGGCCCAGGGUGGCCGAGUGAUUGCAGCUAGCAUUAGCCACUCUCUGGGAAAGACGGGAACAGCCAUCAACCAGCUUCGUCACACUGGAGAGAAUCGAGUUUCUCUGCCACCAAGCGCCGUUCUACCGUCACCUGCCUGUGUUUCGUGGUUGAGGAAUCGACGGUCCCAGUCAUUGUUCUCGAUUGCGGGUGGCCUGGUGCGGGUGUUUCCGUGCAGCACAAGAACAUCUUCAUCCGCCCCGGGAAAGAAAAUAUCUCGGGCAAACAAGUAUAAAGACAUCAGGGUCCCGCUUCUUCCAAACGACAUUGUUGCACCAGUUGUUCGCCAGAUGCUUGAGCUGGGAGACGCCGAGGAGUAUUUGGAGCUCUCAGAAGCCGAAAUGGAUGCAGGGAACACAAUGACGCUCAAAGCUCCCCAUGUCGCGGCCGCCACUCAAUAUGGCAUGGACGCUGCGAUUCCACAAGCGGAGAUAGAAUCAAGCGCGCCGUAUCAGCCUUUCCAUACCGACCGGCGGGUCGCCCUUUGCGAAUACGGGCGAAGAGAUUCCGUUUCUGUUCUUUUGGCAAGUGUGAGUUUGGAUGACGAGGUCAAUACGAAGAAGAACAAGCAGAAUUCGGACGCGACCAAGGGCCAGACGUCUGCAUGGGCAUUUGGACAAGACAUUCCUUUUGUGAGGGUGGACUUGGGACUUGCACCGACAAGUGACGAUGGUUACGUGGGACCGGAUGAUCACAUGGCCUUGCCGCCGUCCGCAAUGGAAAGAAUUAUGCAGUAUGACGGCUCAGAGUCUAUCGUGGUGACGACGAGACGGCGACGCGGUGCUCGCCAAGGCGAGGGCGACGAGGAUGGGUUCUUUGAAGACGACUGCGAGGUCCUUGAUUUUGCGGACCAGAGAGUCUAA